AUUGUUUCGCUGUUAAACUCAUACAGUCUUGUCAAUCUUCUCUUUAUUAUUUCCAUUGCGUUUUUAUUUAAUUACACUUUAAUAAUCUAAUCCCACUAUUAAAUUUUUACUUUAAUUUUAAUUCAAAAUAUUUUGUCGAUCAAAAUGACAGCAAUUAAUUUGGCUCUGAAUAGUAUUAUUAAUGGAAAAAACGAUUUCUGUUGUUUAUGUUUAAGUUCAUUAAAAGACGAAUCUAUAAAAGUAAAUGACAUAGUUGUGGUUAGUAUAGAUAAUAAUGAAUCUGAAAUAGCCGUUUUAGAUGUUUUGAGUGUUGUGUUUGAUGAAAAGAUGUGUACUUACAUCAAUACAAUCAACUCGCUAUGUGAACAUUGUACUACAUCUGCAAUAAGCUCCUACAAAUUUAAACAAGCCAGCCAAAAUAAUGCAGAGUAUCUCACAAAUGUAUUAGAUGGAAUCGCAAACAAUUUUGAGUACACAACAGAAGUUUACGACAGCAAAUGCCUCUAUGUAUCAUUUAAUACUGAAAAUCUCACAAGCAAGCAAUAUUAUGAUAACCAAAAAAGAGUUGCUACUCCAAAAGCGGUCUUACGCAGAUUCCAGGCACUAGAAAAUACCAAAAAAAUUGAUUUAGACAAAAUGAUUCUUCGGAAUAUCAAAAAGGAAGAUGAUGAUGACAGUCAUAAAACAAAAAAGAAGAAGACUAGACAUUAUAUUGAUAUCCCGACUAGUGACAUGUUGGUAGAUAAGAACAAUCGUAAUUUAAUAAGAUGCAAAGAAUGUUAUAAAGAAUACCCAACAAUUUGGAAUUUAAGGAACCAUUUUAUAAGGGUACAUGCUCCAAAAGAUUUUAAAUGUCCGAAGUGUCCUAGAAAAUAUGGCUCUGCAGCAUUUCUGGAAGCACACAAAUCAGAGAGUCAUGUCAUGGCAGUAUGUAGUGAAUGCGGAAAGACCUUUAAAAAUAAACAUACUCUAAAAAUGCAUGAAAUGGGUCAUCAAUUAACAUUAGUCUGCCCAGACUGUGGCAGAGUCUACAAAAAUAAAGCAACUUUCAAAAAACACAUCGAGCUAAACGUUUGCGGUAAAGAGACAAGGGCACAUCCAUCUGAAGCUAAAUAUACUUGCGAUUAUUGUAAUAAAAAAUACACACAAAAAGUGUCCUUAAGAGUUCAUAUACAGUAUGAACAUGGGAACUAUAAAUCUCAUAUUUGCGAAUGGUGUGGCAAGAAAUUCUGGGCCCAAAGUCGACUAAAAGCUCACAUUGUAAAACAUACUAGAGAGAAAAACUUCCCUUGUUCAAUUUGUGGAGGAAAAUUCGUUUCAAAGGAGUCACUUUUAUACCACACCAGGACACAUACUGGUGAGAAACCUUACAAAUGUCCGCAUUGUGACAUCAGAUUUCUCUCAGCCUCUCGCAGAUCGGACCAUAUAAAACGGCAUCAUUUAGGAGCGACUCUCGAAUGCGAUAUAUGCCAUACUAAAUUUAAUACUAGAACAUUUUUGCUUAAGCAUAAGAAAACUCAUAUGAGAUCUGUAAGUAAGGGUGAUGAAGAAGACUUAAAAACAGAUGUUGACCAGUCCGGUACUGAUGGUCAAACUGACUCCAGAAAGACUGCAAAUGAAUCUAAAACCAAAGACCUUUGGAUAUGUAAGGUUGAGGAUAACUCCAUUCCGGGCUUCCAAAAGUUGUCUAGCACUGGGGAAGUGGAUUUGAAUCAACUCUCUCAACAAGUUUACGAGGAUGAUGCAGAAGAAGGAAAAAUCUAUUUGGAAGUGUCCGAUGAUACGGAUGAUUAUAUAAAGAUCUUGGGUGUCUAAUAUUAGGAUAGCCUUUAAUAUUGCAUGUUAGUCUAGUAAUAUUGUUAAAUUAAAUAAAUUAAAUGACACUUGUAAAUGAGGUAAUGGUAAUGGUGAUAUUAUAAUUAUAAUUCAAUGAAUUUAAUUCCUCAUUCCAGUUGUCGCGAUAAUGUAUCAACUUUUAUGGCUUGAAUAACUGUAUUUUAGUUAUAAAAGCAAUAAAAACGUGUAUAUUUUA